CUCCUGAAGAGAAACGUUCCGCCUCCUUUCGGCAACUUCGGUUUUAACGUCGCGGCGUUUCCGUUCGAGUCGGCUCGGCCCCCUGUGGGCGGAGCGAAAGGAAGAUGACUGUCCCAGCCGCGGUUCCUGACCCGGAACUUGUCCAGGAAUCCCGGAAGAGGUUGCUCACGCGCGAGAAGUGUGUUGAGUACACCGUCGUGAAGAGCACAAAGGCGUGAGGAAGGCGGAGGAGGGGUACCCUAGGUUGACUUGUACAAACUACUAGCAACGACUUCCCACAUUCAAUUUUACAGAGGUGACUGCAGCUAAAACUGUCACAUUGAGAAAGAUGCUCUCCAAAUCCUUGGUUAUGGAAUAUUUGGCUUAUCCUGGUGCGCUCAGCUUGGCUGCUGGAGUUGCUUGUGGCAUGUGCUUGGGCUGGGGCCUCCGUGUACGCUUUGGGAUGAUCCCUAAAAGUUCUGUGAACAAGACAGACACAGAGACCGGAACCGAAGCAAGCAUCUUAGGAGAGAAUGGGGAGUAUAAAAUGAUUCUUGUGGUCCGAAACGACUUAAAGAUGGGAAAAGGGAAAGUGGCUGCCCAGUGCUCACAUGCUGCUGUUUCUGCCUACAAGCAGAUUCAAAGGAGAAACCCUGAACUGCUCAAACAGUGGGAAUACUGUGGCCAGCCCAAAGUGGUGGUCAAAGCCCCGGAUGAAGAAACUCUGGUUGCACUACUGACGCAUGCGAAAAUGCUGGGACUGACCGUAAGUUUGAUCCAAGAUGCUGGACGUACUCAGAUUGCACCAGGCUCUCGAACUGUCCUAGGAAUUGGACCAGGACCAGCAGACCUAAUUGACAAAGUCACUGGUCACCUAAAACUUUACUAGGUCGAAUUUUGUAUGAUGAUGGUCCCAUUACCAUGUGUUUAACAAUAAAGGCUGAAUUUCUCCCAAUUUAUGUAUUUUUGAGAUGAAAAGCCAUUCCCGUGUCCUCUCAUGUACUUGGCAGUUAUCUUGGGCUUUCAGAAGAAAAAGUUGGUUAAAUGGUCCUGGUGGUUCAAGUGAUAUGCACUGAGACAAAAAAUAUUUGACAGGUCAUGACAAAACUGAAUUCUUUUUCUUCAAGACCAUGUUGCUGUGCUUCUCUUCAAGGAUCAGGGGUUUAGAGUAUUCCCAUUGGGCAUAAACUGCAGUUUGCUUUCUUGUCACUUUUUGGAUGACUGAUAACCUACUUUAUAAAAUAGAUAUUUUAUAUAUGUUUCAAAGAUGAGGUUUUAUAGCAUUAAUGUAACCUACCUGAAUAUUGUUUCAUGUUCAGUUAUCCUAACCCACAUUGGGCCAGUAUUCUCACAGUGGUUCUAUAUCAGCACCUAGAAAAAAAUUCUUUACUUCCCUUUUCCCAACAAUGAGGCGUACUGAAACUUAGGAUGUGACUGUAUGUAUGUAAUACCAACAUCUCACUGUUUCUUUACCUAGAACUUAAAGAACUAUGCGAUUCAAUUACUUAAGGACACCUUCGUUCCCUUUUGAUCUGUAUACUUAGUAUGAUAUAAUUCCAGUAAUUAGUAUGCUACAUGCGCUGCCCACAACAAGAAGCUGCCCAAUUGCUACCUGAUCUUAACAUUUUCUUGAAAGCUUUCUUUUAGGAAAGAUCUCUAAAAUAUUUCUAAACCCAGUAUAUCUCUAAGAACUGUGAUAAUGCUAGGGAAAAUAUUAACAGGCACAUGCUAAGUGGUUAACUUAAACAAGUAGCAUGACACAGUAACUUCAGGGUAAGUAGAGUCUGUGGGUAGAACACUAUUGAGCCAGGUUCUAAUAUUUGGUCAGUGUUUAUUAUAUAGUUUUCAGUGGCAUUUGACAGCCCAAGAGAAACUGCAACUGUGAAUGAUGCCACAAUAGCAACUGUUUCUACUAAAUAGAAUGUUUAUAUUGGACUCAAAAAUGAUGCAACAACAUGUAACUGCUUUGAAGAGAACUCAAUGCUAAAUGUGAGGCUUGUCACAGAGACUGAGGGCUCCAAGUUCAAAGACUGCAUUCCCAACAGGUUGGCCUGCUGUGGCUGAUUCAAGCAGUUGUAGUAAGUCAUGGCAAAUUGACUAGAAUGACUAGUAUACAAAUUCUGAUAAUUCCUGAACUAUAUUGUUUUGCACCUGUAUUUAGUAUUUAUAAAGUUCUUAAUAUUAUAGUUCUAAAAGUAUCCUUUUUGCAGAGUCUAUAGAGUCCUGUAAGACACUUUCAGGGAGUCAAAACUAUUCUAAAUACUAGGACAUUUUUCACCAUGUUGAAAGGGCACUGAUAGAAAAGCCAUGUUCAAUAAUACGGCUUAUACUUCUCACAAUCAAGGCAGGGGCAACUAUCUACACAAAUAGUCAUUGAUCUUCAUGGUCCUACACUCGUGGUAAAACCAAGUUUCAUUUAAUGCCCUUAAUAAAGCAGAAAAAAACCUGAUUAUUAAAUUUAACCUUCAAUUAUUUUUCUUAAUAUCCUGUGCCACACUAAAUACUUCUGGUACAUACUGAAAUAUGAUUGUUGGCUUGAGGGGCAAAGACAUUACACGGCUGAAUUCUGAGCUAAACUGUUUUUGUCGUGGAACAUUUUUACUUACAAGAAUGGUAGACAAACUGGUCAUCUAGACCGGGUGUUUAGCGGAUUACUUCCUCACAAAUUAAAUAAACUGCCAGGAAAAAAAACUGGCAAUAUUUUAGAAAACUUGCAUCCGCCUCUCCACCAAGCUCCCCCAAAUUUAAGAUUUCUGAUGAGAUUGGUGUACCUCAUAAAUAUGAUUUUUAAAAAUAUAGAAAAGAUGUGUUGACAUUUUGAAGGAAAUAUGUAACAGUAUAAUCAGUAUUUUCCACCUAACCAGUGCGGGUAAAAGAUCCAUUGAAAGUAAAGGACAUACCAAUGGAGUUUACUCUUAACGGUACAAAAAGCUCACUUUCAUGGUGUCAGAUUGCACAUCUCAACUAAGCACAGAUACCUGAAAAAGAUUAAAAAAUACUCCCUUUUCCAAAUACCUAUCUUUAUGAGGCCAGAUUUUCUUCAUAAACUUAAAUUAAAAAAAAAAAACAUAACAUUAAAUAUAGAAGCCGAUAUAAGAAUCCAAUAGUUUGCUCAGAUGAACUUUAAACAAACGUUAAAAAAAAAAAAAAAACAUGAGAACUACAAUGCUGUUCUUCACUCACCUGACUUUUUUGGGGGAAAUAAGGUCAGCACAUGAUUGCCUGUUAAUAUGUAAUGAGAUAAUUACUAGCAAAUUCAAACAGCCCUACGUGAAAAUCUUGUCUUUUGCUAUCUUACUAAUAAUGUCUAUGGUGAAGUAUCUGUCAAUGAAUACCACAGAUUUUAUUUGGACAUUAGGAAGGAAGUUAAGUGAAAGCAUGUUUAUUCCCUAAAAAGGUUCCUAUUAAUCUCUUCUUAUUCCCAUUUUAGUUAUAUUUAGAUGCAGUAAGAACUCUUUGUAUCAUUUUCUGUUUUUAACUCCUUCUGCUAGACUUCCCUCCUAUUCAGAGUAAUGUUAGGAAAGAUAACUUAAAAUAUAGCUUAUUACCAAUUAUUAUACAACAUUUAAUACUACCCAGUCUUGAACUAGCCCAUUUUAUGAUUUAAACACUCCUGCAAAUAAUUCAGAAAAGUAUGAGUGUUAAUAUACACACAUGAGAAAACAAGCUCAGUUAAGCUUGCUCAGAAUUUGAACCUAAGUCACACUAUAGCAGUUUCUCUUUCUAUUGUAGCCCAUUAUGGAUAUUUUAAGUGUCAACACAGUAUCACAGAACAUACAAAGCACCAAUUUGGAAAAUGCUUUUUUGUUUAAAAAGUUUACCAUAAGAUCGCUUCUCGGCCUUUUGGCUAAGAUCAAGUGUAAAAAGUUUACCAUAAGAGUACCUUCACUAAAACAUUCUGGCAUGUUUCUACUAGGGCAGAGAAAAGAAAAGAAACAUUCCACUAAUAAGAUGAAAACAGUUAAUUCAAAUUAUGGAAAAAGCCCAAGAGAACAAAUCUUGACUCUGAAUGAGCUCCAAGGGACCACUACUAUUCUCACCUCUUAGUUUUCAUAAUGAUGAAGAGAUGGGGUAGAUACCCAGUAGGAACACAAAUAAAGUCAGGGCUUUGAACAGCAAGAUGCUUUCACUAUGAGAAAUCAAGAGAUUUUCCAGCUAAAAAAUAAGGGGGAGGUGAACUAGGUAGGUUAAAGGUAGGGGGUUCUAAGUUUUCAAAGUUCUUAAAAAUAUGGAAUUUAUGGUGAUUUCCCUGACUAUUCCCUGAGGAAUACUAUGUAGCAUGCUAACUACAUGCUUAAUACACUUUUAAAUUAACAUAACUAAACACCCAUAAUCUCUUCAUUUACAUAAAAACCUGAGGUGCCACUUGGUUAUAAUGGUACAGCUGCAUUGUAACCCACCAUAGUACUGAGUAGUUCUCUAAACUACUGCUUGUUCCUAAUUAAACAUAGUGUAAUAGUGUUUUCACAUGUCCUCUUUCUACUUCUGCCUCAGUAACUAAUAUGAAACUAAAACCAUAUUCUUUUGCUUUACGUUUGUGAGGUGUUCUCAUUAAAACUGCCAUUCUAUAUGUUAUUUCCACAGUCCAGUAAUUUAUUUUAAAUUUGAGUAAUUUCAAAUUCCACAAACAAAACUGAAGAACAGCCAUAUUUUGUUUGAGUUCUUUCUUCUGUACACUCAGUGAUCUAAAACACCACAAUAUCCAACAUACACAAACCUCAGGGAAGGGUUAGUAAAUACACACAGAUUGGAAUCAUGGUGCUCUUAGUUCCUGAACGGAAUGGUCCCACAGAAAAAGCACAGGAUACAGCACAACAUAAGGGCACCUGUUACAUAUGAAGUGAGCAAAAACACACUAGCAUUUUCUUCUAUAUGCAUAAUGAGGAAACCUGCAUAGGUUAGAGGGUCUUUUAUGCUCGUUUAAAAAUCAGGCAAGUUGUCUGUAAUGCAUUUUUCAAAUAAUUUGGAGAGCACUGCAAUCCAAGUUAGGAUAUGCUAAUUAGUGUUCUUUGUUGGCAUUGACAAGUCUUACAAAGUCAUAUCAAUAUUUUGCCGUAGCUUUUCUUUGAAUAAAAGAUUUAAAUGCAUUUAGACAAUACAUACUGUAAGCUGUUUACAUACACUAAAUUUAAGAGAUUCAAUAUUAGAGUUUUUUUUUUUUUCUUUAAACACUACAGAGUGCAAAUCAGGUUCUUCACAACAGAUUGAAUAUUAAGCAGUUCGUCAAAGAAUGGGGAGGAGGGAGAAGAAAGAAAAGCCCAAGUGAAUAAAACAUUUGAAACUAUUCCCCCUUGAAAAUAAAUUCUAAAAUGAUGCGGAAUGUGAAAUAAGCUUUUAACACAGGUGAUCCAAGUUUAUAGUUAGAAACAAAAAAUAGUCCUUCAUGAAAUAAAGGUUACAAGAACAUGUGCCUGUUUUCCCCCAUUAUAAAUUGAGAAGCAGGUAGAGACGAUGUUUCUGUACGAAAAUAGGCGACUCAGGAGGAUCAGCUUUCCAUCUCACAUGCUGUACCCAAAGCCAGGUUGUGGCUGCCCAUAGGGUGGUGCAGAGUAACCAUAGCCAAAAGGUGCCUGCGGAGGAACUGCAACACUGGGUCCCGCUGUCAGCAUUAAUUGGGGCUGACCUAAAGGAGGGAAAAAAAAAAAAAGAGGAGGGGCAGGGAUAAGGAGGUGGGAGAAACUGUUAGCACCACAGGAUAAUAACCCUCUGAUCUCCAUUAUCUGAGCAACAACCACAACUCAACUUAGAAUGAGUUAUGUGUGGGGCACUUUUGACUAUCACAAUUUUAGCAUGAGUCACCUUAACAAGCCAAUUUAAAUGCAGGGUCCAGGGGCAGAACUGAAAUGGCUAUGUUACUUCGUGUCAUUUGAAAAUGCACGCUUCACAUGAUGGGGCCCAUAAAUCUGUCCGUAAUUCCAUCACCACAUGGUAUCUGCACAUUCUAUUUGAUGACAAUAAACAUCAAAGACAGAGUGAGGAACAGAACAAGACAGACUGACUGAAAUACACUGCUGAGGGGGAGCAGCGGGCAAGCGAGGAGAGGUGCGCUGCGCCAUGUGGGCAGGUCCCCAGCUGGGGAUCAAACUCGUGCUACAGUGGCUGUGGACAGCUUCGUAAGUUAUGUACCAACCCCUUGCGCCACCAGGGAGGCCCCAAAUUCAAUGUUUAAAUAAAUGUUCACCCAACAGUGA